AUGUUCGGCCGGGCCUUCACGAUCUUGGGGACCAAGGGCGAAGAGCUCGACAAGGAGCGUCAACGAUGGAAGGCUCGCGCGGUCUUCCAGGGGUCCAGCGUCCGCACCAAGACCGGGACCUCGGCCGCGGAAUUAUCCGAGGAGGCGGCCAACGCUCCUGCCUCCUUUGCGGCGGCUCGCGCGGCGAUUGCUGCUGGAGUCUUCAAAGGCUUCGACAACAAGCUGCGCGAUGCCGAGUCGGCGCGGCGGCCGGGCUCCUGGCACUUCGACGGCAGCGCCCGCAAGAAGCCGAGGUACACCAGGCCGCAUUACAAGCUCAUCAAGGCCCUCUACGGCCACCCUGAGGCCGGCGCGCUAUGGGAGGCGAAGCUCGACUCCAUUGUGCGCCAGCUUGGAUGGGCACCAGUCGGAAAGGAGUUUCCUGGCAUGUACAUCCACAGCGGCGUUCCUGAGGCAUCUGGCUCUACUUCUUCUGCGCGCUCUGUGACUGGAGCCGCCCUCACUGUCUACGUGGACGACCUCCUGAUGCAGUGGGCGGACCCUGGUGCUAUGCCGGGAGCCUUUGCGACGACCGCCGCAUGCUAUGUCGCUAGCGUGUUGUUCCUCAGCCGGGCGGCGCGACCUGACAUCUCGGUCGCGGUGCAGCGGUUGUGCCCGCAUGUGGCCAAGUGGUCUACCACCCGCGACGUGGCGCUCGCGAGGCUGUACAGCUACUUGCACAGCACCGGCAACGUCGCCCCCGUCGCGCUCUCGAGCCCAGACGACUUCGAGGAGCUCCAGCUCAGGGCCUGGUCCGACGCAGAUUGGGCCGGCGACGCGGAGACGACGCGCCCCACCAGCGGUCUUUUCCUCGAGCUCUUCGCGCCGACUUCCGAGCAUUACUGGCCCCUGAGCUGGGCCAACCAGAAACAGACGGCGACGUCUUCGGCGACCGCGGAGGCCGAGGCGCCCACGAUGUCUAAGAACGCACGCAUGGACGCGCUCCCCAUGGCCGACAUGCUGGCCAAGAUGGGCGUGAAGACGAACAUCGUCGUGCUGGUGGCCUACGCGCAGGCCACUGCGGCCGUGGAGCGCGGACACUUCAAGAAGCCCCGGCACUUGGGGCGCGCUCAGAAGUGCUCGAUCUCCGUCGCCCACGAGGUCUGGAAGGACGGCGAGAUCGAGGUCGAGCACCAUCCGAUGGCGACCCACAAGGGCGACGGGUUCACUGAGGCGCUGUUGCCAGCCAAGUUCAUUGAAGCCCGCGGGCUCAUGAACAUCAGGGUCAGCGACCCCGCCAUCGGGGUUGGCCUCCGCUUGCUCCAGCUGCUGUUUGGGCGCAGCGGGUUGUCGUUCAGCAGCUUUAUACUGGGCUCGAAAUGCAGCCAUUUGCUGUGGCCCGAGAAGGCGCUGGAGCGCCCGUAUGAUCUAGUGGAGUCGGGGGUCGGGCUGCUCGUAGCCACCGUCCUGGCUCUAUUGCGACGCUGGCUACGCCAGUACGCGAUGAGACUGCCGCGGUGCACUGGCGCCGGCACGGGCGCGCUGGGCGCGACCGGACGAGCGGGCCGGCCCGAUCGGCCUCCGUGCGUCGCGGCCGCGACCGUCACGAAACUGAAGCUGAGGCGGUUCACGUACUCUUGGCCAGAUGCGUGCUCCGACAAGCAGAGCAUAGAUGCGCGCAGCAGCAACACAACCGGCUUGAAGGUGAUCCUGGCUGGAAUGAGCAAGACCGGUACAUCUAGCUUGGCGCAGGCAAUGCGGGACCUUGGUUUGCGAACUUACCACAUCGAGGAUGCGUUUGCACCAAUAGCAUGGACGGAUACGCUUGAAUCUAGUAUGUUAAGUUGGCCUAUGCCUGUUGUGUUUCGGUCUGUUUCAGUGCAAUCUGUUGGUGGCUCAGAGUAG